AAGAGUGGUGCCGCUCGGUUGUUCUUAAAUGUGAUUGGUCCAAAAGUGAAACGCCUUUAGGAGUUUUGCUUCCGGGUGGGAUCAUGGCGUGUUGCUGAGCUACAUGUGAGUUUGGAUAUCCACGAGCCAGGGAUUAAAUACAUCUGAGACAUCUUGGAAACAUGGAAACGUUGGAGGAGGACUUCCCUCGAGGAGGGACAGCAAAGAAGGCCAAUGAGAAUAAAAUAGUGGUUCAACAUACAGGAGUGGACAACCUUUUCCAGCAGGCGCCAGCAGAAACUCCAAAAAGAAAAGGGGCUGUUAAAGAUGAUGGGAGUAAAGCAAAGAAGCAGAAGACCAGCAAUGAAGUGGAUGCUGGUCUGACACUGAAUGUGGCAUCUAAGCAUGUGGAGAUUCUACAUCUCAAGAAUGUGAAACAGGGUAUGCUGUUGCUGGGUUGUGUGAAGGAGGUGACCGAUUUUGAGGUGACGGUCGGUCUGCCUUGUGGCCUGCAAGGCUUCCUCAGCAUCCAGAACAUCAGUGACUCGUACACAAAGCUGCUGACUGAACAGCUAGAUUCUGACACAACGGAGAUCUGCUCUAUGCCUCACUUAUUCUACCCUGGCAUGGUAAUAAAGUGUGUGGUUGCUAGGUUGGACAUAUCUAGGGGAGGCUCUUCGAGCAUCCAGCUGUCAGUCAAUCCAAAGCUACUCAACAAGGCGCUGACCUCAGGCUCUCUGAAACCAGGAAUGGUUUUAAGUGGAUGUGUGGAGAGUGUAGAGGACCAUGGCUACUUGGUCGAUAUCGGCAUCGGUGGGUCCAAAGCCUUUCUGCCGGAGAAAGCAGCAAGAGACCAACAGAAAAGCUCUAAAGAAUUGGAAGUGGGUCAGUAUGUGACCGUUCAAGUGGAAGAGAUAAAAAAUGAUGGACGGGUGGUUCGGCUGUCUAUCAGCCCCCUCACCAUCGUCCAGGCCUGUGCUGAAUCCAAACAGGGCUGGAACCUUGCUAACCUCCAGCCUGGUCUCCUGGUGAAAGCUACGAUCAAGAAGGUGACCAAAGACGGCCUCAUCCUGGACUUUCUGUCCUCUUUCAGUGGGCAGGUGGACUUCCUUCACAUGGAACCAGAAAUGGAGUACCGCGAGGGUGGCCAGAUACGUGCCUGUGUGCUGUACGUGGAACAGUCCACGCGCCUGGUGGGUCUGAGUCUGCGCAAGUACCUCAUUCAGCCUGAGGCCACAGUUGAUCCAGCCCCAGCUGGUGGCGACCGCAUUGGUGAGGUGGUGAAGGACUGCAAGAUAAUUACCAGGCACCAAAUGUCUGGGGCCAUAUUGGAACUUCCUGACAAAACUUUAGCCUUUGUACAUAAAAGACACAUGAAGGAGGGGAGCGAGAAAGCAAGCAGCGCCGAGCACACCUGCAGGAUCCUGAACUUCAGCCCCAUGGAUCAAAUUCAUUUUGUCAGUCUGCGCAGGAGCGUGAUCGAGAAACCUUUGUUUAGAUAUCACGACCUUCAGGCUGGUCAGGUUGUAGAGGGGACUGUGUCUGUCCUAAUGAAAAAUGCGAUGGUGGUGCAUCUGACGGACCACAUUAAAGGACUGGUGCCUCGCAUCCACCUGUCUGACAUUGUGCUUCAGAACCCUGAGAAAAAAUACACAGAGGGCAUGAAGAUCAAAUGCCGGGUUUUGUCGGUAGAUGUGGAGAAGAGGAAGCUCUUCCUGACCAGAAAGAAGGCCAUUAUUGAGAGCACUCUGCCGUUGUUCCUGAGCUACGCCGACACUCGUCCAGGCCGCGUCUCCCACGGCUUCAUCGUCUGCAUUAAAGACUUUGGCUGCAUCGUUCGUUUCUAUAACAAUGUAAAGGGCCUGGUGCCUCUCAAUGAACUCAGCUCUGAGCCUAUCGUACAGCCUGACGAGGUGUUCUAUGUUGGGCAGGUUGUAAAGGCUAAAGUUCUUCACUGUGAUCCAGCCAAUUCAAAGUUGUUGCUGUCAUUAAAGUCUGCAGUGGAGGGAGAAACAGUGGAAGUUGCUUCACCCCACUUGGAGGGCGAGAGGCUACAGGCCAGGGUGCUAAAGAAGUCGCCCAACGGCCUGGAGGUGGCCGUACUUCCUGAUGUGAUACGAGCCAUUCUACCCACAAUGCACCUCUCUGACCACAUGUCCAAUUGCUCUUUGUUAUGGGAGAGCCUGCAGAAGGGAGACGUCGUCUCAGACCUCGCCUUCUUUAACUGUAAAAACAAUAUUACUCUCACAAAGAAACCGACCGUGACAUGGACACUGGUGGAUGGCGACGUUGCCAAGGAAUUCUCCGAAAUCAAGGUUGGGAUCCAGCUCAUUGGCUGGAUCAAGAGCAUCAUGUCCUAUGGUGUUUUUGUUGAGUUCCCAUACGGCCUUGUCGGCCUUGCUCCUAAGUCGGCCAUGGCCGACAGGUUUAUCAGCGACACGACAACGGUCUUCCAGGUCGGUCAGACUGUUCUAGCAAAAGUGACCAACCUGGAUGAGGAGAAGCGGCGUUUCCUGGUCACACUGAAGAUCUCUGAGGUCACGGCCCCCGAAGGAGACAUCCAGUCCAGACUCAUCAGUGGGCUGCAGGAGAGGAGAGCUGUGGCCGACGCGUUGGCUCAGAGAGGAAACAGUGACCUGCAGCAGCAGCUGUCCGCUCUGUGUGUUGGUCAGAAGCUAAAGCUCACUGUGGACACUGCGAAUGACGACGGUGCAGUGUUUAAGUCUGACGAUAUGACUGGCGCUACCAUAGUGGCCGGCAAGCAUCACGUCACAGGUGCCAACUUGACCUCAGGACAGAAAGUUACGGCUGUCGUCCUUCACGUCGACAUCCUCUCUACGUGUGUCCAUGUUUCUGUCCUUCCCCAGCUUGUGAUUAAGAAGAAAUCUUUGGCUGAAGGAUUAAAAUACACGGCGACGGUGCAGUACGUCGACGCAGACUUCGCUGUCAUCUCCCUGGAAAACACGGCGCAGCUCACUGUUGUCCAGACUAGGUGGCACCUGAAUGAAGUGUUCUUGACCGAGUCGGAGAAGCUGAAACUGGGGAUGUGUUUUCCAGUGGAGGUUGUAGAAGCAAGCUGUGAGGAGCUAAAAGGGCUCCCCCUAGUGUUGCAGGAGCAGAGCACAUCGAGGCCACUACGCACCCCUCUAGAGAAGAAUGUGCCCCGGAAGAGCUGCUACUUUGGUAAAGUCGUGAAGGCAAAGGUGCGGACAGUGAAGCCCACCUGCAUUUACCUCACACUGGAAGACGGAAGCAAAGGCAGCGUGCACGUGUCCGAGGUGAUGGAUCCCAAAGACGUGUGUCUGGGAUCUUUCCCCACGUCGUUGGUGAAAGUGGGCGACACGGUCACCGCCAGAGUGAUUGGAGCACGAGAAGACUCCAGUAGCAAAUUUCUGCCGUUUUCUCAUCCCAGAUUUAAAUACACCACUCCUGAGCUCACACUUGUACCCAGCAAACUAGACAGAAGUGUGGAAUUCAAGGUCAAAACAGGAAAAGAAGUGGUACAAAGUUAUGAGGUCGGACAAGAACUUACAUGCUUUGUUUCAAAGUACGAUGUUGCUGAGAAGUCUUUGGAAGUCACCAGUCACCACUCUGUUACUGGGACCGUGGAGCUCCUGGCCACCAUCACGGAUCCUAAAAAUGCCAAGCACCCAGAGAAGUUGUACAAGCUGGGCGAAGCUGUCUGUGCUAAAGUGGUGAACGUGCGCAACAAACCCCGCCGCUUAGCUCUGUCUCUCACAGGUGUCUAUAAACUGGAGCAAGGCAUGGUGACUUUGGGCAUAGUGACUAAUAUUUACCCACGGCUUGGCCUCUUGGUCAAACUUCCCUUUGACAACGUGGGGACUGUUCAUAUUACGGACGUGGACGAUGCCUAUAAGAGUAGUAUCUUGGAUGGAUACAGCACAGAUCAGGUGAUCAGGUGUUUACUUCUGAGGUAUGAAAACGACAAGUGGCAGUUGUCUCUGCGUCCAUCAAGACUGAACCCUCAGCAGGCCAAGUCAGUGAAGGACCCAGAGGUUUCAUCUCUGGAUGCGCUGAAGCCAGGCCAGCUGAUCAGAGGCUAUCUGAAGUCUGUGGGAGCGCAGGCAGUCUUAAUCAGGUUGGGUCGGGGCAUAACUGGAAGAGCCUCUUUCAAGAAGACCACCCAUUACCAGGUUGACAGCCUGAAGGUCCUCUUUAAGCAGCUCGAGUCCAAGACUGUCUUCACCACCAAGAUUCUCAGUAUUGACAACGAGGUCGUCAACAUUUCUCUGCUCCCUGAGGACACCAUGAAGCCAGACGUCAUUCCAGAAUCGCUCGGUCUACCGCUUCGCAAGAUGAUGGAGGAGGAGGAGGAGGAGGAAAAGGAGGAGGAGGAGAAACAUGAUUCCGAGGAGGAGGAGGAGGAGGAGGAGAAACACGUUUCCAAGAAAAAGAAACGUGCGCUGGCUGAGAGCGACAAGAAACAAGAAGAGUCACGGGUCCCAAAAAAGAAGAAAAUAAACCAAGCAAAAACUAAUGACAGUGACAGCGGUGUGGAGGUGUACUUUAAAGAAGAUGUACAGAAACCCAAACCUAAGGCUGCAAAGCAGACCAGCUCAACAGGCCCCUCCAGGCUUCAGAUAUCAGCAGGCUUCUCCUGGGACAUAGGACUGAGCUCCCUGAAGCCCGCGUUUACUGCUCAGGAGGACGACUCCAGCGAUGGAGAGGACCAAGAGGGCAGCAGUAAGCCCCAGAAGAAGACCCGUCACGAGCUGCAGCAGGAGAAAAAGGCUGCGGAGAAGGUCCUGCAGCAGCGGGAGACUGAGCUCAUGGACCCGAACCUGCGCCCCCAGGAAGUGGCGGACUUUGAGCGGCUGCUCCUGGCCUCACCCAACAGCUCUCUGCUUUGGCUUCAGUACAUGGCCCACCACCUGCAGGCCACACAGAUCGAGCAGGCGCGCUCGGUGGCCGAGAGGGCGCUGAAAACCAUUUCAUUCAGGGAGGACCAGGAGAAGCUGAACGUGUGGGUGGCCCUGCUGAACCUGGAGAACAUGUACGGCACAGAGGAGAGCCUGAAGAAGGUGUUUGAGCGCGCGCUGCAGUUCUGUGAACCCAUGCCCGUCUACCAGCAGCUGGCAGACAUCUACGCCAAGUGCGACAAGAUCAAGGAAGCGGAGGCCUUGUAUAAGACGAUGGUGAAGCGCUUCCGUGAGAAUAAAGCGGUGUGGCUGAACUACGGGACGUUCCUGCUGCAGCGGGGUCAGAGCGAGGAGGCCAACGCUGUCCUGCAGAGGGCGCUGAAGAGUCUGCCCUCUAAAGAAAGUGUGGAUGUCAUCACCAAGUUCGCACAGCUGGAGUUCCGCCACGGCGACGCAGAGCGGGGUCGCGUCAUGUUCGACAAAGUCCUGACGAGCUACCCGAAACGCACAGACCUCUGGUCCGUCUUCAUCGACCUCACGGUCAAGCACGGGUCCCAAAAGGAAAUCCGGGCACUCUUCGAUCGAGUGAUUCAUCUGAGCGUGUCGGUGAAGAAGAUCAAGUUCUUCUUCAAGCGCUACUUGGAGUACGAGAAGAAGCACGGCACGCCUCAGAGCAUGGAGGCGGUCAAAGAAAAGGCAAUGGAGUAUGUGGAAGCUAAAGGCACCAAGGCCGCCAAAUAAAGACCAAUGCACACUGUACUAGUCUGGUCUGUCAACAUGGAGCAAACAUGGCAACGCAUCCAGCUUCCUCCUGAAAAUCACCACCUUGCAUUGUAAUAUUGAACAUUUUCAUCUUCCAUUUUAAUCUAUUUGCUAUGAAAGGACUGUUUUUACCAUGUAUUUGAAAAGACUGAUGAGACAUGCUUGUAUUAUUUUAUAUGAAGUAACUCUUUAAAUAAAUCAGGCCGUCACAGGUA